AUGUUUAUAUGUUUGCUUCUGAGGUUUCAUCUAAAAAAGAAACAAAAAUUCAGCAUCUAUGCUUAUUAUAUCUUUCAAGAAUUGAAGAAGAUCAUACAUAUAUGCAAUGAUUUCAACAAGUAUCGAACAAAAUCAAGGGUUGAUGAUGCAGAUGUUCCCUACUCCUCCUCCUGGGAGCGAGGAUUUGGUGUCACAACAAUCUAUGGAAAUAGUUAAUAACUCUUCUGUUGGUUCUUCUUCUUCAUCUACAGCUGCUGCUGCUGCUUCUUCUUCUUCACACUCAAGCUCCCUUCUCUUCAAUCUCUCUGUUCUCAAGGACAAGCUUAAUCAGGUUCAGACCCUGGUUGGUGUUAUUCUCUCCCCAGAUCAGAACCUUCAGGACUCAACUACCUCCAUGGCUGUUUCAAGCAUGAACUCCACAAUCCAAGAAAUCAUACCUCCUCCUCCUCCUCCUCCUCCUCCAGGUACCAUUGCUACUACUGUUGCUUUCGCCAACAACCACCAUGAAUUGCACCAACAACAACAUCAAAGGUUAUUGAUCAAUAAUAACAAUAAUAAUCUUAGAGGUUUCUUUUCUAGCACUACUGAUUCUGAGGCACUGGAUAAUUGGCUUGGUGAAAGCUAUAACAAUACUGGUGGUGUUGAUUGUAAGGUUAAUAAUAACGAUGAUGAUGAUCCAAGUGUUGAAAUUAGUGAUAGCAAAGAAGGAGCAAAGAAGUUGGAUAUAAUUGAAUUGGAUGCUGCGGAUUUGUUGGCGAAAUACACACAUUACUGCAGUGUUUGUGGGAAAGGGUUCAAGCGGGAUGCGAAUUUGAGGAUGCACAUGAGAGCUCACGGUGAUGAAUACAAAACGAGUGCCGCAUUGAGUAACCCAUUGAAGCAGAACAAUAACGGCGAGAAUGGUGAUUGCUUGCCGAAGAAGUACUCGUGCCCUCAAGAAGGGUGUAGGUGGAACCAGAAGCACGCAAAGUUUCAGCCAUUGAAGUCAAUGAUAUGUGCAAAGAAUCACUACAAGAGAAGCCAUUGUCCGAAGAUGUACGUGUGCAAGAGGUGUAACCAGAAGCAGUUCUCGGUGCUGUCUGAUCUGAGAACACAUGAGAAGCACUGUGGGGAUCUCAAAUGGCAGUGUUCUUGUGGCACCACUUUCUCCAGGAAAGACAAGCUUAUGGGACAUGUUGCUUUGUUUGUUGGCCACCGAGCCCUUUCCAUUGCCUUCCACCAAUACAAUAGUGCAGCUUAAUGGUUGGAAAUAUGCAUGUGUGUAUGGAAUUUUGGCUCAGUAUAGUUUGUGGUGCUGACAAGUGACAUGGCCAUUUGAAAAUGAAGUGGGACGCUGCUUUGUUGCACUUCAUGAAUUGAGAUCAUCUCUCUAGUUGCUAUGAUUCAAAACAUAGUAGUAAGAAAAUAAUCUCAAUAAUCUUUAAUUGAUUAGCUAGCAGUUAAUAAUUAGUCAACAAAAGUUUUGUACAUUCAAAAUCUGUGUUGAAGGAAUGUAUCAAUAAUGUUAUGUAUAGAGAGAGAAAAACAUACGUAUGUUACGUAUAAAUAUAAGAUUCGAAUGUUGUGUUGGAUCCUAAAUUUAUCUUUUUCUUUUAAUUUUU